UCGCACUCCAUUCCUCGAUCUAAGAGAUGACUUAAAGCCGGAAUGGGAAAAGAGAUUCCCAACUCCCCACCACCAUCCCCCCACUUCGCUCCCCUCUUAUCUCUCUUGCGAACUCAUACGAAGCCAUGAAACGAAAGAUAAUAUCUAAACAAAUGGCGUCUUCUAUUAAUUACACAUUCACUACGGUGGUGGAAUUGCUGUCUGCUUCUGUGAGAGGCCACAGACGGGAGGCACCCGAGAGACUGUUAUCUCUUGCGCUGGAGCUUUCUGCUUGGAUCGAUGUAGCCUUUCUCCCUGAGCCUCAGCUCCAGGUUUCCCUGCUCUGGAUUCUUUCUCUUGGAGUCUCUUUGCAUCCCACAUUGAAGCUCUGGGGAUCCAGAUUCAAAUCCUGGUCUGUAAAAGCUGUGCUUGGAGCCCUCUUCUCGGACUCCUCUGCUUCCUAUCUUCACUUCCUACUUGUUUCCUUCCUGAAGACCUUGACUUUGGCUUCCCAGAAAUCUUCUGGCUCCAAAUCCUUGGUUUUCUCUGUACGAAUUCGCUCGUCUAGCACCAAUUCUUUAGCGUAUCGUGGAAGAUUCAUUAAACUCGACCUUCUUAGCUGAAAAAGAUGGUUCCUUCUCGAGCCUCGGUGUUGAUGGCGGCCCUGCUGCCUCUCCUGCUGCAAUGCAGCGUGGCGGUGACGGAGGCGUCGUGCUCCGACGUCGUGCCGAUGAAGCAGCGAAGGGAGGUGAUUUCGAUCACGGACUUCGGAGCUGUGGGAGACGGGAAGACGCUCAACACUUGGCCUUUCAAGAAGGCCAUCUAUCGGAUUCAGCACCUUCGACGCAGAGGUGGUACUCUUCUCUACGUCCCCCCCGGCGUUUGGCUCACAGGGAGCGUCAGCCUAACCAGCCACAUGACGCUUUACCUGGCCCGAGGAGCCGUCAUCAAGGCCACCCAGGAUACACGGAGGUGGCCUUUGGUGGAUCCUUUACCGUCGUAUGGAAGAGGGCGGGAGCUGCCGGGCCGCAGAUACAUGAGCUUCAUUCAGGGAGACGGCAUCAGUGAUGUGAUCAUAACAGGUGAGAAUGGAACAAUCGAUGGUCAAGGCGAGGUGUGGUGGAACAUGUGGAGGCGGAGAUCUCUCCAUUUCACAAGACCGAAUCUUGUGGAGUUCAAGAAUUCUAGAGAUAUUAUCAUUUCUAAUGUGGUCUUUCAGAACUCUCCUUUUUGGAACAUUCACCCUGUUUACUGCAGCAACGUGGUGAUAAAGUACGUGACCGUGUUGGCUCCGCAUGACUCCCCUAACACGGAUGGAAUAGAUCCAGAUUCCAGCUCGAACGUCUGCAUCGAGGAUGCCCACAUCUCAACUGGGGAUGAUCUGGUGGCCGUAAAGAGCGGGUGGGACGAGUAUGGAAUCGCUUAUGGGCGUCCCAGCUCUGGCAUCACGAUCCGAAGGCUCACAGGCUCCUCGCCCUUCUCCGGCGUCGCCAUCGGAAGCGAAACAUCGGGCGGGGUGGAGAACGUCCUGGUAGAGAACGUCAACCUCUACGACACCGGCAUCGGCAUCCACAUCAAGACCAACGUGGGGAGGGGAGGGUUCGUAAGGAACAUCACGGUGGUCAACGUGAGCAUGAACAAGGUGCGCAAGGGGAUCCGGAUCGCAGGCGACGUCGGCGACCACCCCGACGAGUACUUCGACCGACGCGCCAUCCCCACCGUGGACGGCAUCACCAUCAAGAACGUGUGGGGCGUGGACGUGCAGCAGCCUGGAUCUAUCCAAGGCAUCAAGAACUCACCCUUCACUCGGAUAUGCCUCUCCAACGUCAAGCUGUGGGGCGUCGCCAAGCGCUCGGCGCCGUGGAAGUGCGUGGACGUCAGUGGAGCUGCUCUCGGAGUCCAGCCAUGGCCAUGCUCGGCCCUCGCUCGCACCAUCAGCUCAGGAUACUGCUCCACCGCGUUCUAGGACCGUUAGUUUCGUUCUUUCUUUGCCCAUGGAUUGGUUUUCGUAAAGCAUCAAACUCGAGUUCAGAUCUACAAUGAAAGGGCCACAUUAAAUUAGUUGAUUUGAAGCACCUAAAUCUUAAUCGAUUUGAACUUUA